UCCGGUGCUGUGCCCCGGAAGCGGAAGUGCUGUCUUCGGGCUGUCAGAGUUGGUCUGUUACUCGGUGGUGGUGGACUCUACGGAAGCCGUUUUCGCUUCACUUUUACUGGCUCUAGAGCGCUUUCCCCCUGGCGGGUGGGAGUGCAGGGACAAAGGUGCGAGAUGAGCACUAUGUUCGCAGACACUCUCCUCAUCGUUUUUAUCUCUGUGUGCACGGCUUUGCUCGCAGAAGGCAUAACCUGGGUCCUGGUUUACAGGACAGACAAGUACAAGAGACUGAAGGCAGAAGUGGAAAAACAGAGUAAAAAAUUGGAAAAGAAGAAGGAAACAAUAACAGAGUCAGCUGGUCGACAACAGAAAAAGAAAAUAGAGAGACAAGAAGAGAAACUGAAGAAUAACAACAGAGAUCUAUCAAUGGUAAGAGACCUAAAUAUAACUUCCUGUUUAUUUUCUUUUUCUUGCUUAUUGUCCGUUUUUAAUGAUUUAUUUGAUGGUAGAGUGGUGGCAAAGCUUCCUUUUACCCCUCUUUCUUACAUCCAAGGACUGUCUCAUCGAAAUCUGCUGGGAGAUGAUACCACAGACUGUUCCUUCAUUUUCCUGUAUAUUCUCUGUACUAUGUCAAUUCGACAGAACAUUCAGAAGAUUCUCGGCCUUGCCCCUUCACGAGCCGCCACCAAGCAGGCAGGUGGAUUUCUUGGCCCACCACCUCCUUCUGGGAAGUUCUCCUGAACUCAAGCAGAACUCUUUAUUUUCUACCAUUCUUUCUAGACACACGCACAUCAGACUGGCAAAUGUUUUUCAGCAAGAGCCACAGGUAGCCUUACUACUUGGGCCUCUUUCUAGUUUCGAAUUAUUUCUAGGCCUUUUGGGUAUGAUUAGAGUGAAAAUGGCACCCAGCAAACUUGAUAGUGCUUUUGGUCCUAGAUGAUUUUUAUCAAAUAAGUGGAUUGAUUAGUUAAGUUCAGGUGAUGUUUAUGUAAUGAAAAGCAAAUAGCAUCCUUCUUGUUUCAUUUACAUAAGUAUUUUCUGUGGGACCGACUCUCAAGGCCCUGUGUAUGCCCUGCAAGUUGCUCUCUAAGCGCAUUUAGAGAUUUAGAAGAAAAAUUUAGUUUGUAUAACCCUUAAUUGUAACUGUUUGUUUUGUUGUUGUUUUAUUUCAAGCCAAAUAUAUGACAUAAGAUCAAUAAAGAGGCCAAAUUUUUAGCUAUUUUAUGUACAAGGAGAGAUCUGUUUCAUUUUGUUUUGCCAUAUUUCUAGAUGUAAGUUUUAGCAUGGGCCAGGAAGGACUAAAAUAAAAGUUUUUAAAGUACUGUAGUUUUUGCCAUACUUGACUCAUAUACUCAAAAUACAGACUUGUCCUAGUGUAGGAAUUGGAAAGCAAGAGUGGAAAGGAACAUAAUAACUCGUGGGAGUUUAAAAAUGAGGGUCUUGGCAAGUAACACUGAUGUCUGAAAAAAAAAUUAAAUAUAAAUAAAUAAAUAAAAAUAAGGGUCCUCAGCUGUUCUCUUCAUAUCCUCUUAUAGUCUCUCAGAUUCUUGUGGGGACAGUCUUAGAUCCCCCUUGGAGGCAAGGUUAUAGUUAUAUGUUAUUAAUCUUGCAGAGCUUCCUUUUAGUCACAAUAGCCUUCAGUUUCUGCCAUGCCCCUUCAUCAGGGAGGAGGAUGUUUGUACCAUGAUCCUCCCCUAUAAUCUAUGGAAUUAGGAGUCCUGUGUGGAGUCUUAUCAAUAAAUAUGCACAUUCAUCAAA